AUGUGCUGUUUCAUCAUUCGUUUCAUUGCUUUCAUACUUAGUGCAUCGGGUGCUACAACAUAUAAUCUAUUUUGUGUUCCUUACACUGUUAUUUCUAGUCUUGCCUUGCUUGCAUCGUUUCUUACACUUUCAUCUUCUUUGGAACUUUCGUCCAGACGUAGGCGAGAUCGAUCUCAUCUACGAUUUAUUCCAGAUAAAUUAGUUAAUGAAGAAUGUGAAAGUGGAUGGCAAGUUUCGAGAUGUACUAAUGCAAUUACUUAUCAAUCCAAAAGUCUCCAUCACGCUCUACUAUAUCAUUCGUUUCGCGCGCUAUCGAAGAAAACCAUGGUACCUAUACAAGAUAAUGAAAGAAUCAUUGCCUAUCAUGCAACUACCAACGAUCAAGCAGUCGAUAUUGCUCAAAACGGUUUUCCUGUCGAUCAACGUAGAAAAGUAUCUGAUCACAUUCGUUUUACGCGCAUUGUGGAGAAAUGGAACACUACUGAAGCGUCAGAGUCUACAGCCAUUAUCUGCGCUCGACUCAAUCUAGGUCAUGUUGUGAAUGUUGAAAGUGAGGACACAUUCAAAUUUUCAGCUCAUUCUAAUAUCUAUCCACAGAUGCUACAACUGUUGCUAGACGGUUCCCUUAAAGUGAACUUUCCUGAUGAAAUUGAAAACUGGGUGAUUGCAUUACGAACAAGAACGAACGAAAUAUUUGAUAUAUCCGCCUAUGAUGGUUGUAUUUGA